AUGAACUCUUGGUUUCUUCUAGCAGUCCUACUAAUCUCGACUACUUCAUUCGCAAUGGCUACUUCACCUUACGUUGGAACCUGGCAGCUUGCUGAAAUUAUUGACGCUGAAUCAAACAGUAAACCACUUCCAGAAGGAAAGACAUUUGAAGCCAGAAUUGAAGAAGCUGAUGAAGGCGUUCUGCGCAUGGCAAUCAAGAUUGGAAACAACAUGCGAACCAAAAUUUCCCUUGUUGGUGAAGGAACUCCAGAGUCUCAAGAAAUUAAGAUGGGCGGGGUUAUGUCAACGAUGAUGAUGCCAGAGGCUUCGCUUUUUGCUGUUGAGAAGUUUUUGAGCAAGACCUUCCCUACCGUAACCAAGAUGGAACUCGAUGGAGACAAGCUCACACUGGUAGGACAGGGAUCUGUUAUUCUCAGCAAGUAA